AGAACUCGAUAAUACCUCGACUAUCUCGAGACAGUGUAUGCCUUGGCAAUUCACGGAUGAUCACCGAGAGUACAAAGGUGAUUUAGAGAAGGCGCGAGCGAGUGAAACGGUCGAUAAUCCGGAGUUUCGAGACUCCCACUUGAAACGUUUGAUAGACUGCGACAAAUGUGCAUGGCAAACUAUCUAAGAUCACUAUAAAGAUCUAACGGCGAUCGAAAUAGAAGUAAUUUUAGCGCCAAGCGUCAAAAACAGUGAAUGUUAAAAUAGUAAUUAGAAAGAGAGAGAAAUAACGCUGACUGUCGAUACGCGUGUUUGAGAAGAUAAUAAAUACGUUAUGUGAUUGUAAAAAUCAGCAAAGAUGAAAAGACGCUUUGUCAUUAUCCGAUGUCAGUCCGAUGUUCUUUAAUGCGAUUUGUAUAAAAAAAAAAUAUCAACUGGAAAACGCAAAGAAUUCGGCUUGACGAUGACUUGAAUUUCAUCUUUGCGUGCCGAUGAUCUCAAUAAUCACUUAUCGCGUUGCAAAGAACACAAAAAAAUUCUUGUUUAUACUUAUACAAUUAUGCAAUACGAUUAGAUAACGAACGCCCAAUGCAUGCUCGUUGCAAUGAGUUGGCGAUUUGUCGCAGAAUUUGUUAGUUUAUUGUAUCUGUAAAUUCAUUUAAACCAUCUGUGAUCGUGCGAGGUAUUGAUUGAUGAUUGUAUGCAACUUGUAAGAAGCAAAAAAGUGCACAAUACAUAUUAACGCAAAAAAAUAUAAAUAUUUAGAUUGUUCUUUCAAUUUUUUAUAUUAAUCAAAUAAUCUGUUUAAACAAAGAGUGCAAAAAUGAGCAACACCACAGAUAAUCUUCUCAAAGAGGCUGUCAUCCAGAUUGGUGCUGGAGGAUCAGCAGGUUUUAUAGAAGUUUGUAUAAUGCACCCAAUGGAUCUCGUUAAAACACGUUUUCAGCUCCAAGUGAAGACAACAAAAUCAGAUCCAUUAUAUUAUACAGGUAUUUUAUGUAUCAAGACAUUUAUAGUAUCAUUAUGCAUUAACUAUAUUAUUAUAGGAAUUCGUGACUGCAUGACUAAAAUGUAUAAAACUGAAGGAUUACCAGCAUUUUGGAAAGGAAUUUUACCUCCGAUACUUGUAGAAACUCCCAAACGUGCAGUUAAAUUUUUUACAUUUGAACAAUAUAAACAGUUUUUCUUAUUUGGCGCUAGUGCACCCACUCCGUUGACAUUCUCAUGUGCUGGUUUCUUUGCUGGUGUUACUGAGGCUAUAUUAGUUAAUCCUUUUGAAAUGGUCAAAGUGAAACUACAAUCUAAUCGAAAGCAUAUCAAAGAAAGCCCAUCGACAUUUGUAGUAACGAAAGAAAUAAUUUCUAAAUAUGGUUUUGGAUUGAAUGGUCUAAACAAAGGGCUUUCAGCCACUAUAAUGAGAAACGCGGUCUUUAAUUCAUUUUAUUUUGGUUUUUAUCAUUCUGUUAAAGGAUAUAUAUCAGUCAGAAAAGAACCUUGGUUGGAAUUUUUAAGUAAAGUUGCUAUAGGAUUUGUGUCAGGUACUGUUGCAUCUUGUUUAAACAUACCAUUUGAUGUUGCUAAAAGUCGCAUUCAGGGGUCACAAGAUGGUACGCAAUACAAAGGAACGCUGAACACCAUACACAUUAUUUAUAAGAGAGAAGGAUUUAGAGCCUUGUACAAAGGCUUGGUACCAAAGGUGUUGAGAUUAGGUCCAGGUGGUGCCAUUAUGCUUGUGGUAUAUGACUACAUGCAUGUAUUUCUUACAAAAAAGUUGAUAAACUAAUACAUUGCAUUUCAAGAAGCUGUGAGAUAACUAUAAGAAUUUUUCAAAUUGCAUUUGAUAUUUACAUAUAUUUAUACAUUAUUGUGUAUAUAUAUAUA